AUGAAACGAAAGCUUUCUCAUCAUCAUGUUGAUCACCAUUGCCCUCUUGCUCCAGUAACCAAAUACUCGAAACAAUCCAAAACCACCCAAGUAGUGAAAAUCAUUUUAAUUGAUUUUCAUGGAUCUGUAUCCGAUGCAGUGCCAAUGAUUGAAAGCUACUCUUCUCAUGUUCAUCAGCUGUUUGAACACUUGAAAAGAAAAUUUGAAAAUCAAUCCAAAGGAUACUCCAAAUGGUUACAAGCAAAGUUGGAACGGAUGAUAGAUAAUUCUCUGUUAUGCAUAUAUACCAAUGACGAUAAGAAUGAUCUUGAAACAAUGAUUGAAUUCAUGAAUGACCCGUACUGUGUAAUGCAAUUGCUACAUCAUUGUGAUGACAUGGAAUGUUUUCCGAUGAUCUGGAUGAUGCAACCCAUUGAUGUUUCCGAAUUAUGCGAACAAAAUCAAGAAUUGAUUGGAACUGUCGAAUUUUGGAGACCUUUCAAAAUGGGCAUCUUGAAUCUCUUAAAGAACAAAAAAUUUCAAGUAUUGAAAUACAUUCCAAAAGAGAUUUUAUUUGAAUGGAUGGACGACUUGAAACCAAUAUUUAUCAAACACUAUAACUUUAGCUUCAUAUUUGAAGUUGAUGAUGCAGAUGAAGCAAAGAAAGUACUUUGUGAGGAUGGUUGCUAUUUAUUUCAACUUUCAGACAGGUUAAGAGACAAUGAAGAAAUUGUGAAACAUGCUAUUAAUGCAAAGCAUGUCAAUUUAUACAUGGCCUCUGAACGACUGCAGCAUGAUUUUGCCUUCUUACUCAGUGUCGUUCGAUCAAAUCCUGAGACAUUUUCAAAAAUUCCACAAGAAUUUAGGAAUGAUAAGGAGUUUGUUCUUGAGUUACUCAACACUUCAAUGACGAGUCUUGAUGGAACAAUUGAGCAAGAUUUAAUUCAAACAUGUAUUCCAGAAGUUUACGUUUGGGUGCCGCAAAGCGUUCGUGACGAAAUACCAAUGGAGAUUAUAAUGAAGGUUUAUCAACAAUUAUUUCUCAAAGAUGAAGCAGGUGAUUUUAUGAAAAACGAACUGUUGAGAUCAGUGAUACAAAUGCUGUGCGAAUUACCAGAUGAAUAUUAUCAAGCACACCAAAAGUAUCAACGAAAUUUAACAGAGCAAGGAUGCUUUGUACAUUCAUUAUUCGACAAAUGUCACAUCCAUCAUAUCAUCCAACAGGAUGAGGAAUUUGCGAAUAUUGUUGAACAAGUCAUGACACGACUUUACAAAGGUUAUGAUCAAAUUUGGAUAGAACAAGAAGAGGCGUUUGUUUGGAAACGCAAAGAUUUGGAACUCAUCAUGAAAUAUGGACCGCUUACUUUGAGAAAGAAUAGAAAUUUUGUCGUACAAGCUGCCACAAAAAAUGUAAAGAGCUUCAAAAAUGCUUUAUCUGAGUUCCAACACGAUCGACAAAUUAUUUUGACAGUACUCCACAAUAGAGGAGAUCUAUUGAACGAAUUGCAGGAUUUUUUUAUUCCUCAAAUGUUGCAUGACAAAGAAAUGGUGUUGACUGCACUCAAAAGUGAACAUCCAUGUGCAUUUUCAAAACUUCCAGCACACCUCCAAGAUGAUAGAGAUUGCGCGUUGGCAGCACUCUCAAAUACAAAAAUACCCAAUGUCCGUGUGCCUAUUCAAACAUUCAUCAAGAGAAAGGAUGUAGAAGUGAUCAAUGCUGGUCUGAAGAGAAGUGAAAUAUGGAUGGCGUUUCUCCCCGACGAUUUCAAAAGCAAUAGAGAUUUUGUAUUGAAAUCGCUACACUACCCCGGUGGUGUGUUUGUAUUAGAUUUUAUAUCAGAGGAAUUGAAACAAGAUGCCAAUUUCAUUUUGGAAUGUGUGAAGCAGAAUCCACCAAAUUUGGAGUUUUUGUUUUCUUUGUUUUCGAUCGAGUUGCUUGUUUUGAAUUCAGAAAUUAUUUCUGAAUACAUGAAACGAUGUGGAAUUUUAUCAAGGAGGAUUAUGGGUCAUGUUUGUAAAACCUUUUUUGACGAGCAUGAAGAGUCUAAUGAUGAUGAUUUUAUACAAUGGAUGACUAGUUUACAGAAUCAGAGGAUGGAAUAUGAAUAUUUGGGAUGCUACAUUCCUGAGUCUCGAUUGAUGAAAGAACCAAUCACGUUAUUGGAAGUGGAGGAUGAAGGAAAUUUAUUAGAGUGCUCAUUCACGCGAGCUUACGAUAAGUGGAAGGAAUAUUUGUUGGGAAAUGCAACUUGGGAAAUAUUUUUCAAGAAGUACUAA